UAUCCUCUGGAAAGAAAAUUAUGGCAAAGAGCUUAGAAAAUAAUUUUAAUACUAUUUCCUUCUUGCGAUAGCAAGUUAAUUUUACUCCUUACUGUUGAUUAGUAGCAAUAUAAAAAUGGGGAAGGACCGACUUAAAGAAUUGCAAGAUUUUAAUCCCCAGGCAAAGUAUUCCCCCGUUCUUCAAAAUGUUACUACUGAUCAAGAAAAAGACGCUUCCGAGUUUUUAGAGGAACUAGACCAAACUAGACGUUGGAUUGAUAAGAUUAAAAGUAACAUAGAAAAAAUAUCGGAGCUGCAUAAUCAAAAACUUGCCUCCGUUUCUGAAGCAGAAGGGAAGCGUUGUUCUAAGUCCAUAGAUUCCUCAAACGACGAAAUUACUAGAUAUGCUAAUAACAUUCGAAAUAAAUUAAAGAAACUAGGAGAAGAAUUGAAAAAACGGCCUGAUAAAAAGGAUGCUUUGUAUCGCCUUCCCUACCAACAAUAUGCAAAUCUUUCAGAACAGUUCUUUGAUUGUAUGGCCGAGUAUAAUAAAGUACAAUGCAAGUUUAAGCAGAAGUAUAGAGAAAGAGUGCAACGGCAGUAUAGAAUAGUUAAGGAGGAUGUCACCGAAGAAGAAAUUGAUGCAGCUUUAUGCAACGAAACAGGUGAUUCUAUUUUCGCCCAGGAGAUUCUUUCUCCAGGACAUCAAGAGGCUAAGCAGGCUCUUGAAGAAAUUAAAGAUCGACACGAAGAGAUUCUUAAAUUAGAGAAAUCUAUUAGGCAACUACACCAGAUGUUUUUGGAUAUGGCUUUAUUAGUUGAACAACAAGGCGAGACACUCGAUCAUAUAGAAAUCAAUGUUGGCGAGGCGGAAGAUUAUACCGAAGAAGCUAAGGCUGAGCUCAUAGAAGCAAAAAACUUAAAUAGAAAAAUAAGAAAGAAAAAGAUAAUCUUUUUCAUAUUUGUGUUGAUAAUAUUAGCUAUUAUUGCUAUAGUUCUUGCUUUAGUUUUUAGGAAAAAAUAAACUUUUUUUUUUAAA